GGCGGAGGCGGCGCCUGGGAACGGGCAUGCGGCUGCGGUGAGGCAUGGAGGACGACCUGGCUUCCGAGGAGGACACCCUGCUCCUUUCAGAAAAAGAGCUCCACGACGCAGCCAAACGAAAUGACACGGCGCGCAUGGAAGAGCUGAUCAAGAGGGGGGUGGACGUCAAAGCCAAGAAUAACAUAGACCGGACCGCUCUCCACUGGGCUGCAGGAGCAGGGCAUGAACAGGCCGUGCGGCUUCUGCUGGACCACGAUGCCUUGUUGGAUGAUGAGGACAUUUUUGGAAUGAGCGCACUUCUUCUGUCUGCUUGGUUCGGCCAUCUCCGUGUUCUUCAGGUUCUCGUAAAUGCCGGCGCCAAAACCAGCUGUGCGAACAAGAAUGGCCGCAACUUGCUGCAUUGCGCCGCGCAGAGGGGUCACCUCAGAGUGAUUGAGUUCAUCAUGGAAGAUCUGGAAGAUGUCCGGGUGGAUAAGAAAGACAAGAUGGACAGAACCGCAUUUCACCUGGCUGCAGAAAACGGGCAUCUGGAGGUGGUGGAGUUCCUGAUUGGCUGUGGUUGUAAUUACCGCAUCGAAGAUAAGGAGAAGAAUACAGCUUUGCAUGUAGCCGCAAAGAAUGGACAUACAGGGGUGGUCCAGAAACUCAUAGAGGUCAGGAUGAGCCUUGAUGAAAAGAACAUAGAAGGGUUGACCCCACUGCACUUGGCUGCCGAAGGGGGUCAUCUUGAGGGCAUGAAGCUGCUCUUGGAAGCAGGAUGUGACAUUAAUGCCCAAACGCAGAAAAAGAUGACCUGCCUUCAUUACUCUGCACUGAAUGGCUCUGAAGAUAUGACGAGAGUCUUGAUUGAUGCUGGAAUCCAGACAGAUGCACUGAAUUAUCAAAAUGCAUCAGCUAUGCACACUGCGGUGCUACAGAACCACCCAGCCAUUGUUAAACUUCUCAUUGAUGCCGAAUGUGACCUGGACAUCCCUGACUAUAGGCAGCAAAGCCCCCUUCAUAUUGCUGCAGAACAUGGAAGGCAGGACAUUGCUGAGAUGGUUCUUAUUGCCGGGGUGAACUUAAAACGAACAGACAAGCAAGGGAAAACAUCCCUGGAUAUUGCUGCUCGGGGCAACCAUGUCAACCUAGCCGAUAUGAUCAUCAAAGCAGACAGGUUUUAUAAAUGGGAGAAGGAUAACCUGAACAGCGACUCGGAUUCCUGGGUAGCCAAGCACUUAACUUUCAAGCAAGACCACCGUCUGGAGACACAGCACAUCCGUUCAGUCAUUUGGAGGCUUGCGACCAAAUAUCUCCAUCCCGGCGAGUGGAAAAAGUUAGCGCACUAUUGGAAGUUCACCGACUCCCACAUCCGAGCCAUUGAACACCAGUGGACAGGAACCAAAAGCUAUAGAGAACAUGGCCAUAGGAUGCUGCUGAUAUGGCUUCAUGGAGUGAUCAUGGCAGGUGAAAACCCAACCAAAGGACUGUAUGAAGGACUAGUGGGCAUUGGCCGGCAAGAUUUGGCAGAAAGCAUCAGGAAGCAAGCAAACGCCGAUGUUGCUUCUCCAAGGAAGUGUACAGCAAUGUAACCUGUGGAAAGGAAGAGUCUUCAAAAUCCUCAUUCCAGGAACUACAUCUAGGAAACAGAACUGUUCUCUGCUAGCCAAAAAGACAUCUCUUAACACUUCUCCAAGGGCUCUUUGCCAUAAUCAAAUGGCAACAUUUUCCAUUCCAGAUCAGGUUUAUAUAAGAUCUACAUCAGCAGAUUCCUUUCACAGAAAUGCAUCUGGACCAAGGGGAUAUUCGGUUUACUGUUUGUGUAGACAUGGACUACUGCAAGGGGAAAUAAUCUCAAACUUUGCAAGCAUAAGUUUAUACUUGCAAACAAAUUCCACUGAAAUCAGUAAAACUUACAUCUGGGUAAAUGUGGUUAGGGAUACACUAAGAGUAUCCUUCAACACCUUUUUAAAUCUGGAAAAAUGAGAUGAUGAAUCCUUUUUAGUUCUUCUGAGGCUACCCAUUUUUAAAUACAUUGCAGUUCCAGAAGCGUAGAUAUAACCCCACAGAAAGCUCACUUCAUUUUUGCCAAAAAUAAUUCCAUGGUUGCAUCUCACGGUUAACAAGGUAAAACACAUUCUUUAAAAAAUGGAUUAUCAGGUUCCAGUGAUCCACGUUUAUUUUCAGUGUAACUUUGCAUCACAUUUCUGUAGCUAUACUUUUUUGUAUCUUUUUAAAUUUAAAACUAUAGAAAGAUGCAUCCUUCCUCACUCAACCCCUUUGCCUGUAUACACACUGAAGGGUGUUUUGCUCAAGUGUUUUCUUUUGACUAACUGCCUUUGACAAUUCCCCUUUAGCUGGAUUUUUGGCAAAUGUUAAAACAGCGAGGUUUGCACUUUCUCUGCAGGUUCCUGAAGGGCAACCCUGUGUCUGCAAACAUGCAGUAAUAGAUGCGACGGAAAAAAUAUGCAGACACAAAUGCCCUUUAAAUGUUGCAGGAACAGACACUAUUUAAAAAAAUGCAGAAUGACUUGGCUGGAAAAAAUAGAUGCCUGAACUACCAGGCAGCUACUUCAGACUUGGUUAUACUAUGUUUCCAGAGGGGCAGCUACCUCAACCUACAGAAAGAUUAAAAACUGCACUCCAAAAGUUGGGGGAAGACAAAUGGUUCUACAACAACCUACAGCUAAUACUUUUCUGACUUGUGUUAAUUUAUGCACCUUAGCUAUGCACACAGAGAUCUCCUCCUCCUUAGCACAGGAACAGCUACAAGUUCACUAAAGAGGAAAAACUAAUGUCAACUGCAGGUAUUCUUGAAAGGGUUGCCAUACAGACAGGGAAGUCUUGAAUUUAAGGGCAUGGGGUGAAUUUCAGUCUCAGUACCAG